GAGACGUGGAAGUGUGGAGUCUCGAGCGCAGAGGGUUAAAUCUGCUCCGGAGAAGUUUGGUGAUUUCUGCGGAACGUUUCACCGUUUGUGUGAAAACCCGACACAAGAACUACGAAAUCUCACGAAAUCUCACGAAAAACACAACAACGGAGCAAAACGCGCGAGAUCUGAAGAUCCAGACCUGAUCCAGACCUGAUCCAGACCUGAUCCAGACCUGAUCCAGACCUGAUCCAGACCUGAUCCAGACCUGAUCCAGACCAGGACUCCCUUCUUCUCCUCAGAAAUGAAUCAUUCAAACAUGGACCACAGUGGCCACGCCCACCACGACCACCACGCCAUGACGGAGGCGCCCACCCUCACCACGCACGGAGGACACGGCGGGAACGGAGGCGACCACGGCGGACACAUGGGCAUGGUCAUGACGUUUUAUUUCGGCUACAAAAACGUGGAGCUGCUGUUUUCUGGACUGGUCAUCAACUCUCCCGGAGAGAUGGUGCUGGCGUGUCUGGGAGUCUUCCUAUUGGCCGCUCUGUACGAGGGGCUGAAGAUUGGUCGAGAGGUGCUUUUGAGGCGGAGCCAAGUGAACGUGCGCUACAACUCUAUGCCCCUCCCAGGAAGUGACGGCACCGUGCUGAUGGAGACGCACAAGACUGUGGGACAGAGGAUGCUAAGCCCCGCCCACUUCCUGCAGACGCUGCUGCACAUUCUACAGGUGGUGUUGAGUUACGUGCUCAUGCUCGUCUUCAUGACGUAUAACGGCUUCCUGUGCAUCGCCGUGGCGCUCGGAGCGGGCGCCGGAUACUUCCUGUUUAGCUGGAAAAAGGCCAUCGUAGUGGACAUCACGGAGCACUGCCACUGACGCACCUGUCCCCAGAGCACCUGUCCCCAGAGCACCUGUCCCCAGAGCACCUGUCCCCAGAGCCCCUGUCCCCAGAGCCCCUGUCCCCAGAGCACCUGUCCCCAGAGCACCUGUCCCCAGAGCACCUGUCACCAGAGCCCCUGUCCCCAGAGCCCCUGUCCCCAGAGCACCUGUCACCAGAGCACCUGUCCCCAGAGCACCUGUCCCCAGAGCACCUGUCCCCAGAGCACCUGUCCCCCCUCUGCUGAUACAAUCAUCUCCUGUAGCACCAACAGGGGGCGCACUCAACAUGUGUGCAACUGGCCACUUUAUUAGGUACAGCUCAGUGCCUUUAGUCCUGGAUUAGUCCUGGUUUAGUCCUGGUUUAGUCCUGGUUUAGUCCCGGUUUAGUCCUGGUUUAGUCCUGGUUUAGUCCUGGUUUAGUCCUGGUUUAGUCCUGGUUUAGUCCUGGUUUAGUCCCGGUUUAGUCCUGGUUUAGUCCCGGUUUAGUCCUGGUUUAGUCCCGGUUUAGUCCUGGUUUCUCUAAUAUUGUGGCCAGUUGUUUGUCUGAAGCUUCAGAAAACUCCACGUUCAGUUUGACUUUUUCAUCUCGAAUCCACAAAAACUCGACAGGUCGGACCCACAGACUGAACAUGACAGAGCUAACGCGCUAGCAUACACUGUUUAUAUAAAUGGACAGAGCUAACGCGCUAGCAUACACUGUUUAUAUAAAUGGACAGAGCUAACGCGCUAGCAUACACUGUUUAUAUAAAUGGACAGAGCUAACGCGCUAGCAUACACUGUUUAUAUAAAUGGACAGAGCUAACGCGCUAGCGUACACUGUUUAUAUAAAUGGACAGAGCUAACGCGCUAGCGUACACUGUUUAUAUAAAUGGACAGGGCUAACGCGCUAGCGUACACUGUUUAUAUAAAUGGACAGAGCUAACGCGCUAGCGUACACUGUUUAUAUAAAUGGACAGAGCUAACGCGCUAGCGUACACUGUUUAUAUAAAUGGACAGAGCUAACGCGCUAGCGUACACUGUUUAUAUAAAUGGACAGAGCUAACGCGCUAGCGUACACUGUUUAUAUAAAUGGACAGAGCUAACGCGCUAGCGUACACUGUUUAUAUAAAUGGACAGGGCUAACGCGCUAGCGUACACUGUUUAUAUAAAUGGACAGGGCUAACGCGCUAGCGUACACUGUUUAUAUAAAUGGACAGAGCUAACGCGCUAGCGUACACUGUUUAUAUAAAUGGACAGAGCUAACGCGCUAGCGUACACUGUUUAUAUAAAUGGACAGAGCUAACGCGCUAGCGUACACUGUUUAUAUAAAUGGACAGAGCUAACGCGCUAGCAUACACUGUUUAUAUAAAUGGACAGAGCUAACGCGCUAGCAUACACUGUUUAUAUAAAUGGACAGAGCUAACGCGCUAGCAUACACUGUUUAUAUAAAUGGACAGAGCUAACGCGCCGUCAUGUUCCAAACAGGAAGUGGUCAUGAUGCACUUCCUGCUCCGUCGACUCUGGCUCCAGUUCAUUUUCUGUGUACCUGCUGUUGACAGUGUUGCUAAGUUCCCGCUCACGGCUAAACCAGCUCUGUGGAGAGGACGCUCAGAAUUAUUAAACCUUCAAAGCCUCACUCCUGAUUGGCUCGUUCGUUGCUCCCGAUGAGCCGCCGCCUGAGCUUCAUUUGAGCCGGACGCUGUGGUGACGUCAUCCUCUCGGUCUGACGUCUCUUCUUUUGCAAAGUGCCUUGGGGCCUCUCUCAGGGGCCCAUCUCUAACAGCACACACUUUUACACCUGAUGCCCUUCCGCAGACUCUACAGCUCUUGACCGUUGUUCAAACACGUGGCCUUUUCUCUCAAACUGAACGUGGCGUCCUCUGUUUAAAAAGCACUUGACCCUUUAAGGAAACACUUGACCCAUCAGCCAAUCAGGGCCCUCUGCUCUGAAGCGUCUGAUUGGCUGUUUGUUGGUGAUGUGGUGUUUGCGCUCACAGGAGCCAAUCAGAAAACAGUAUUUAUCACUGUUUAAAUAGAUUAAUUUAUUAGCUUUAGACACUAGCUGUUUACAUUUGGUCUAGUCCCGGUCCAGGCCCGGUCCAGGCCCGGUCAAGUCCUCGUUUCUGAUCGACCGGAUUAAACGUCGCUUUCGUUGUUUUUUAUUUUGUUUUGGAUCAAACUCUUAGUUUUUCCGAUGAUCCGUUUGUGGCGUUUACGUUUGAGAUUUCAGCGUUUUGUUUGGGUUCUGUCCAGAUUCCACAGUCGUUCCUCUGAUGCUCGUUCAUGUCGUCUCGGAAACUCAGAGAUUCGUACGGAAUCAUCCGACUUCCCACCGUCCGACGCUUCCGCACCAGUUUCCCAGUGAAACUCCGACACGAAUUGCGUUUGUUCCCGUUUUUUCCGAGUCGGAUCUUCUGAGCGUUGGAGAUCACAUGAACGCAGCAUCACCCACGUUCCUCCGCCCUCAACGCGGCUGGACACGCCUCUUUCACCAUAUAUGGACCAAUCAGAGCGCACGCCUCAGCUCCACAAGCCUCUGGUGCUUUGUGCCAAGAUGUGUCUGAAGAAAAGAACAGACGGGAGGGCAUCUGACACACGGGACACAGGGGAGGGCAUCUGACACACGGGGGAGGGCAUCUGACACACGGGGGAGGGCAUCUGACACACGGGGGAGGGCAUCUGACACACGGGGGAGGGCAUCUGACACACGGGGGAGGGCAUCUGACACACGGGGGAGGGCAUCUGACACACGGGGGAGGGCAUC